ACUUCUAUUUUAGUCUGUACUCAGUCCUCCGUUAUUCCAUUUUCUCUCACUUACUGAAACCAACCUCUCUUGUUUUAUUAAACUAUAUAAAAUUAGUUACUUGUAUUAUAAUAAAAAAUAUACAUACUUGCAUCAGCUAUUUUUCAAUUACUAAUAAGGUGAUAAUUGUCCAAAAGAUUAUGACGAGCUUCUCUUUCACGUGAAUUUGUUGAUAAACAUUUGGGUCUAACAUGCCAAGUGACAACCAGACAUGCCGAAUGGACUUGUUAAUUUUAAUAAACUGAGUUAAUAGCCUUUAUAUAAUGAUAAAUAUCUUCUAAUAACCUUAACUACAAUUAACCAAGUCAUAUACUGUAUAUCUGUGUUAGAAAUGUUAAUGGGUUUUGGAGGUACAGUAGUAGUGGUAAAAUCCUAUGCACAUACCUGACUGACAAACGAUCACACCUAUAACCAUGUUUAUUAAUUCCUCUUUUAGAUACACUAUAUUUCCAUCUCGUGUAGUGAUAUUUUUAUUAUGAAUGUCACUAGUUAGACCUGUCUCUUUUUUUUUCUUCUUAUAUUACUUUAUAUAGUGAACUCCUGCAUAAUAAAUGUUGAAACCUACGAUACUGAUGUAUAAUAAGACAAUACAAUGCUUUAAAUAUUUAAUGUAAUACACAAUUGUAUUUAUUCCGAUGCUCUUUUGUUUACCUCGCGCAUGAGCAGUGAGGAGUUAGUGUCUUUAUCUCCCAAACCUUAUUGUGUUGUGAAGUGAGUGAGAGGGUGGACGUGUUACGGACAGCUUCCAGUGAACUUUACAUUUCCUCACCGCUGGUUACAUUUUGGGCAGCAGAUAGAGCUAUAUACUUCUGUUGCUGUAGUAAAUUAUCUUCUCGGCUUCGUUGGUUCUUGUUAAAGAUUGGACUGUGGGCAGUCUGGUUGAUGAUCGUGUGUUGGGUAACAACAACCACAACAACAACAACAACAACUACUACAACAACAUUCAUCCUCUAAGAAUAACUUGACUUCAUCUCUUACUAAAGGACUGGCUGGCUAACUCAUCUUGUUUUGAAGACUUCAAAUAGUGUGGAGGUUUUUAUGGAGAUAGGACUUGUGGGAAGACAAUGGGGAAAAUCAACAAUAGAAACUCCAUGGUGUCAACUAGACGCAGGCUAAUAAAGGCAUCUUCCGGGGUGGGUGUUAAAAAAAGCCGUAGUCCAGCUAAGGUCUCCCUGCCACCCCCACCCCCACCACCACAGUCACUUGUGGUGGAUGAAGACUCUGGCUUUGGUGGUGACCAGUCCUUGGACUCGGAGUCAUCCGUGCUGUCAACCCUGGGACCAUCGGGAGCGGGAGUGGCUUCCUUGCCGUCGGUUCUUCCUUCGCUAGCGAUGGUACCCCAAGCGAAACUGUUGCUAGUCAGUUUGUUGCAAGGUGCUGGAGGCGUGCAAGGUACGGGGACCAGCCAGAAAACCUCAGGAAACAUUGCGGUAGGGGCUUUUCCCCCCACAACACAAGCGAGCGUCAGUAAUGGCACCAACCAAACGGGGAACACUCAUGGUGCAGUGAUGUCCAGUGGUGCAGACAAGGAGGGUCAGAGCUCUCAGAGUGUACGGCCCUUGCUGGCUGCUGCCUCCCUCAGUCUCCAGGGUGCAACUGGCACUGAUGUUCUGUCUGAGCUGCCAGCAGCCAGCACCAACUCUCCCUCCAACUACCCCUCUGAGCCUGUGGCAUUUGGAAAUACAGGCCAUAAGGUGGUGGAGAACAAGUUCAGUAUCUGUGACAAGAAUCUACAUGUGGAUUUAGGGGGUGAGGAGGCCCAGGAACUGCCUGCUUCUAGAGGAACUACAAAAACACACUCAGUACCACCACUAAUAUCCUUCAGGGAUGUGUCUCUUCUCUCUUCAUUAAACCCAUUUCAGGGCAGUAGAGGUACUUGUGGUGCUUCAUUACUGUGUGUAGACGGAACUCCACAACCAUGUGGACGCAGUAACAAGAUACUCAAAUCAAAUGUUCCCCAUACAUCCCCUCCCCUCACCUCUCAGCUGUCACCCACUUCCUCUGAUGGAACAAUAGAACUGAAGCUCAUCACCCAGCCAGAGGAACAACACCGUGCACGCUACCAGACUGAAGGCUCCAGGGGGGCUGUUAAGGAUAGAACAGGGUUGGGUCAUCCUACAGUGAAGCUGUGUGGAUAUAACAAACCGACAGUAGUUCAGGUGUUCGUUGGGUCUGACACUGGAAGGACGGGACCACACAUGUUCUACCAGGUUUGUCGCGUCAGUGGCAAAAACUCGACGCCGUGUAAGGAACGGAGACUUGAUGGUACUGCGUUGAUUGAGGCUUCUCUUGACCCCGAAACAAACAUGAUCAUGAGUUGUGACUGUGUAGGCAUCCUGAAAGAGCGGAAUGUGGAUGUGGAGCACAGAUUCAAGGCUGCAGUGUCACGAGGUCGCAAGAAGAGCACUAAAUGUCGUCUAGUAUUCCGUACAUUUGUCACGCUCACCAAUGGCACUCGGGAAACUUUACAAGUGGUCUCACAGCCUAUUGCCUGUACUCAGCCACCUGGUGUCCCAGAAAUCUGCCGCAAAUCACUUACCAAGUGCUCUCUAGCUGGUGGGGAGGAGAUGUUCAUCUUGGGCAAGAAUUUCCUCAAGGACACAGUUGUGAUCUUUCAUCAAAAUGGCACCAAGUCUCAGCCAAUCUGGGAGGAAAAAGUCUCACCAGACAAGGAAACUCUCCAGUCUAUUCACUUAAUUGUGACAGUUCCUAAGUAUUAUGAUCAGUCCAUCACUGAGGAGGUGACAGUGGACGUGAUUGUGUCCUCCGGAGGCAAAACUUCCGAAUGCCACAGCCUGACGUACGUGCCGCUUGUGACUAAGAGAGAACUGCCAAUCAUUGAAACCCAGGAAGAUAACCCCUUACCUAAAGGAGUUUCACCCUGUGCCUUGCAACUGAAUCGUCACUACGCAGAAACAGGAACACUGCCGACUCACCUGUCAGAGACCACUGCUGCACCUGUCCUCGCCACCUCAGACAUGAGUGCACCUCGAGUACCAACAACUCAAGCUGUGGUACCGCCACUGCGGGUGUCACAUCUGAUGCUGAACUCUGCAUCCAGCAAAAAAACUAACUGUCAUGCCCAGCGCUACACAUCUCGCAUCCCCAAAACUUCUCUACAUGGCAGGUCUCCAACACCAUCUACAAGGUCAAGAUUGACAGAGGUAUCAGUAUCAUCAGUGUCUGAUAGUGGUAGUGUGGUUACAGAAAAAAGACAAGAAAGGCAAGGAAAAGUGCAAGGCGUGCAAGGCACAGUAAGCCUUGAAAGCUUGGUUGAAAUGCUGAAAGUAGUGCAGAAAUUCCCAGCUGACUCUAACAUACAUACCUCUGUUCUGCAGUUGGUAGAAGAACUGGUCAAAUCUAUGAAAAAGAAUAUUUCAUCCCCAUGUAAAACAGAAAUAGAAGAGGAAUUGGUGAGUAAACAAGAUAAGCAUCAUCGUACAUCAUCAGAAACCAUGGAUAGUGAUGUACUAACCUCAGAGGUAUCAGGCAGCUGUGGUCAACAAAGCAACAAGACUCAGAAGUUGGCAUCUCAUUCUGCUUCACCAGUGUCUCAAGGGACACUCACAAGUAAUAACCCCUCCAGCAAUGUAACUCUGCCUAUAGCUACUACUGUCAGCCUACUCCCACUUACAUUAUUUUCUGCAAUGCCUUCCACAGUGUCUUCUGGGUCUAGAGUGGCACGUGUGGCACCAAUAAACCCAGUGGCACCCACUACUGUAGUUUCUUCUCCAGGACUGACACGCACAGUCAGGCUGUUUGUAGGUGAAGCUUCCAAUUUCUUGCAGGAGCCACCAGUGAAGAAACAACGUGAAGGUGUCCUCCCUAUGGACUACCAGUUGCUCAGGAAUAACCGGUUUGAACAAGGAUCACUUGUCUCAAGCAACUUUCCAGACACUGUUGUGACACAAUCCCGUGCCAGCACUACCCUUAAUCCUGUUACACCUUUAUUGCCAUCAAAGGUUGUCAGUAACCAGUGUAGCUCUGAUGGUUCCCUUAAUGCUUCAUCACCCACCAUGGAAACUGAAACUUGCAGACUUGAUCUCUCUACAUCAGAGGAAGUUAUGAAUGCAUCAUCCCAGCACAUUAAUGAAACUCAAGUUGAUUCUCCUCCUCCUCUAACAGUGUAUCAGCCUAUCAGUCAAUCAGUAAUGCAUAACAUUGGUCAGGCAACAACCCAACAAAAUGUGCAGUCCAUAAAUGUCAACCAGAGAGUUACACAAACAACCUGCCUGGACACAGCACGGCAAACAAGCCAGACUAUCAGUCAGCUGCCAACUCCACCAGAUGGACAAAUCAUCAAUCAACAUGCAAGUCAGCAAAAUAUGACAGUACACACAAGUUUACCUGUAAGUGUCUCAGACCCACUCUUGUCUCAGUCUACCAGACUAUGUCCACUCUUGACAAACCGUGUGAUAGUAACAUCAACCACCACAAGCCAGGUGGCCAUGUUACCUUCUACACCUUUGACGUCAUCAUUAACUCGCUCUGAUCCACUCUUGUCUCAGUCAAGCCCAGUUGCCCCCAUACACAUAGAUGCAAACACACCAGCACCUGUUGCAAGGAAUGAACCAGUGAACACUAGGGCAAGAGGAGACCCACUUAUGGCACCCAACCCUACAGCCACCCAAGUGUCUAUGCAGAAUGAAGUCACUUCUGCCAUCAAUCUCUCUGAGACUGAGCUGUUGAAUUACUUCGAUCCAAAUUGUUUUGAUAAUGUGUGAAGGUGAAUGCAGGGAAGCAUGUUGGAUUCAGUACAUUAUGCAGAGAAAACCAGUCUGGUGGAUGACAUUGGGACAAGGUAAGUAGGCAUGUAGCAGCCAGCAAGUUUGAUCACACCUGCUGUUUUGCAAAAGACUUGACCUAUUUGUUGAGAAGCCGAGUGCUGAAGUAUCAAUAGUGGUACUAUUAAUUGUACCAUAUUUGGUAUGAAGGCAUAUUAAUUACCCUUUUUAAGACAAUAUAGUAAAUUUUUACUCAUUUAUUUUUAUAGGCAUCCUGUAGAGGAUUAAUGUAUUCAGUCUUUAAUAGUUUUAUGUAUUCAUUAAUGAAGAGAUUAUCGAUGAAUAUUUUUUAUUUAUUAUUUUUUUUUCAUCUAAAAUAUAGGAAAGAUGUUCUCUCUUGCUUUUGACACCCUUUUAUUUCUUUUAUAUUUUAUAUUUGUAUGUGAUAAUAUAUGUACCAUUAGGUCUAAAAUGUAGAAUUGGCCAGAAGUGUGCACUGGGUGAAGUUUACAGUGUCAUAGUUUGGACAGGGUUCAUCUUUAUCACUCUGCUUGGAUUGUGGGACUCCAUUUAAACAGUAUAGGUAGAUAGCAAAUAAAUGUAUUAUUAGUGUAGCAUGAGCUGGAGUAAGAUAAAUGUUUGAGUAACAGUACCAGUAUAACUGAAGUAUACAAAGGGUAGUUCUUUUAACAAGAUUCUGAACAAAGUAUUGCCAUACUUUGCCUUGUCUAUGGAUAUCUUGUAACUUGGCCUAGAUGGAACACAGUGACGUCUUUCAUGGAGGUUCCUCUCUACAUUAGUGAAUUGAAGAUUUGUUAGUUUAGUCUAAAUAUGAUAGCAGUGAUUGGUUGUAUAUAUUUGAGAAGGAACAAUUGUGCUCAGGCCAGUUCAAAUGCAUGUUGUGAAGUUAAAAUGCCAUUUACUACUGUGAAUGUGUUGUAUGAUUUGUUUUAGUAUGAACACUAUGUAAAGGCAAUCAUAUUCCAGCUUUUACAAAUAAUGAUGCCUAAAGACAUGUACAUCAUAAUUUUAUCAUGUCAUAUAUCACCCAACAAGAACAUGCAUAAAUUCACGUUCAUUAUUGUUAUGCUUCACUAAAUGUUUUACCUAAUGUUUGAACUUGUUGAAAAGUGUAGGAUGGUUUGCAGAUGUACAGGCGAAAAUGCAGAAAAUAAUACAUAACAUUUAUAUCUUAGAUGGAUGUAUAAUGCCUAUUGUUUGUAGUUGCAUAAUGGCAUCUGUCUCACCCUGGAUUUAAUAGGCCAUAAUAUAACUUAACUCUGGAAAUAUCCUAAUGCAGUUCUGAACGCAAUUCUGAACUUAAUAAAUAACUUUAAAAGACAUUAUGCAAUGACAAAACUUGUGAGGAUGUAUCCCAUAUCAAAGACUGUCCUACAGGCAGUCAUCCCUUCCCCCAUAAACUCUUAAAUGCUAUCUUCCUGCAUUAUGGAGUUUUUUAAGGUAAAUGUAGAAUAUUAAGUAGAUACUGUAUAUCUUAUUUAAAGAGAAUUCUGUUAGUGAAUUACAUUUACACACAAAGUGUCUUGUCAGUUUGCUGUCUGUUUCAAGAAAAUUUUUAAUUUUUUAUGCACAAAUAUAGAUGGCAUGUUCAUUUGGCUUAACUACAUUUAUAUAAAAGUGUAUUACAGUAAACCCUGGAUAACUUGGCAUUUGAUAAUUCAGAAUAUUAUAUAACCCGGGUUGGCUAUACUCUCGGAAUUUAUUUAAAAAUAACUCAGGAAAAAAUACGAAUUACGAUAUAGAAAAUAAUCUUGGAAAAUCACGGAAUAUUUAGUAUACACUUAUCCCCCCCCUAUUUGCGAAUUCAAUUAUUCAAAAAAAUUUUUUUUUACCUUUAUUCAAGAUUUGCAAUCGAAAUUCACUUAUCUGCGAGGCUGUUAGAAAUUUUUUGACUGACCACUGGCAGUUGCUCAUCUGCACCACUCCGUGGUUAGUCAGUUCUCUCAUGUGUGCUGCACCGUCCUCCCUCUCUCACUCCACCCAGUACAGAGUAUCUAGUACACCAGAAUUAAUAUUCAGUACAUCCUGGUAAAAUUUGGUUCCUGCUGUACUGACCCAGUAACACCCAGGCCCCAAUAUGGGUCAGUGACCUGUGCCCUGGUGGGUUAAUCCCCGUAAAAAAAUAAAAAUAAUAAUUUACAGUGCAAUUCAAUUUAUCAAAAUUUCAACUAUCUGAAUCUUCCGGGUAUUCCAACUUUGUCCCCUUUGGUAAAAUUUUUAAUUAAGUUCUAACAGUCCAAAUGCAACUGAAGUCAUUCUAGUGUCUGACACCAGUAGCACUAUACAGUAACUGCUUUUUAAACAAAAUUGCUAUGAUAAACAAUAAAAUUUAUACAUAGCAUAUCAUAAAAUACAAUAGCACAUAUUUUAUGUACAAAAAUAGCUCCUUCCAUACUCGACCAUUAUCUUAGCGAUGGCACAGUUCAGCCAGGCAGUCAACCAGCUGACUGAGACGUGUGUGUGUGUGCUGUGACACUGUGCAGUACAACUCACUGCCUCCACAUACGUUCACCCCCCCUACACACACAAAUGCUACUAAUUUUUCUUAUUUUAUAGUUUUAUAUUAUAUAGUUCUUUAUUUAUAAGCCACAUUAGAAUAUUAAAAUUUUUAUGAGGGUGGUCUACAAUAUCAUGAGUGAUAUAAGUUACAAGGUUAUUUACAUACUCAGACUUGAAUUAUACAUAGAGAAAAACAAUGAUUUUUUUUUAUUUAUUUAUUCUUUAUUUUGUUUAAGUGAUCAAAUUACAGUAGUAUACAUAAGUCCCGCACUGUUUAUGUAGAGUUCCCCCUCCCUCACUUGUAUCAACUACCAUUCCCCUGCCUCUGUUGCUUACUAUGAUGCUUCAUUCUUUGCCUGCAGUGCUGGUAAACAUUACCUUUUGAAAAUUAAUAAUUACAUGUACAAUGAAAGACAAAAGUCGUGUCUUGAAAUUUGGUGAAAACAUACCGAAGGGCUAAAACUUUUGGUGCGCUCUGCCUUGUGGUAGGGGGCUCUCAUAAUGUUUUAUGAGUUAUAUUUAAUGUUCAGACAAAACUGCGACACAACUUUUGUCUUUGAUUGUACAUGUACAAUAUAUGGGCUGAUAAUGUUGUAUUGAUGUAUUAUUGUAGGGGAAGAAGUGCCUUGAUUAAUUCGGAAUUUUGGAUAAUUCGGCAAGACCAGAACCCCAUAGGUGCCGAGUUAUCAAGGGUUUACCAUUAAUUGUUUUCAGUGCAGUAUUCUCUAUUUUCAUUGUAGUUUUACUCAAACUGAGAUAUGUUAAAUUUCAAUGAAGAACCAUAUAUUUGCUCAUUAGUAUGAUUGGCAUUAAGAGAAAGAUAUUAAGGAUUUAUCUAUUUGUGUAGUGGAAUGUUUUAUGUCAGCUCAAGCUGAAUGUGAGACAUCAUCAUUGUGAUUAGUUGGUCAUAUACUGUAGUAUUGUACAUUGUUACUUUGAUUAUGGUUGGUAAAUUUUUCUGUAAGUUUAAAUUUCAGCCAUGCCAUAAUUCUGUAUUUCUUAAAGACUUUAUCUUGUCCCUGUACAGAUCAUCAAACAGAAAUCUCAUGUGUGUGCUGUAGAAUGAGAUUGCAUUUUAUUGUACUGUUGUCAUGAAGAAGCAAUGGUUCCAGACAUUAAAAGUGUUGGUGCUCAUGGAAGUGGGUAUAUUAAUUGGUCAUGAUUUGAUCAGAACUUCACCAGAUUGACCAAGAAAUGUGUCACUGGAUACAGGCAAUAGUAACCAUAGAAAUUAUAUUGCUGUCUUCAGACACUGUAAUGGGCAGUACAAAUUAAUGUUUGUGCAAUAUCUUUUUGGUGUAUAUUUUUCUUUUACUUUAUAAGGAACUAUAUGUUGCCAAAUUUAUUAAAGAGUGGGCUAAUAAGUGGCUAGAUAAGAGAUGGAAGGUGAAUAUACCAGGGUAUGUAUCAGAUUCAGUCUUGAGUGACAUAUAUGUAAAUUUUUAUUAUGAUGUAUCAUCAGGAAAUGUAUGAUUAAAUAUUUUUGUUAUUGGUCAUUCUUGAAAUUUAGGUUGACUUUUCUCAAGUGCCAAUGCUAUGUGCUUUCAGCUGGUACAAUAUCAUACACAAGCUGUGAGAACAAAUAACUUUUAAGGCUGAUUGUUGUAUUCAUGCCAACUCAAAGCAUGCCAACUAAACUUUGAGUUCCUUAUUGUUCUCCAUUUGGUCAUAACCUAUAAACUCUGCAGAUGAAAGUAGAAGAAAAAAAAUUGGUUCUGGUCUUCCUCAUGUUUGUUUUUAUACAGUAUGACCUACCCAAGGUGUCCUUCAGUUGUCUAAGAAUGUUAAUUUACAACAUGUAAAGAUACUACCACCUGUGUCCUGUACUUCAAUCAUUGAAGAUUUUGCUAUCAGUUUAGCAAGACAAAUAUUUCAACUCUCUAGUUUGUGAUUUAUGUAUUAAAACACAUGUGGGAAAGGCCAGCUGUUUAAUUUCAGAAGUUUACUUGAUUGCUAAUUCUUAAAAUGUAUAUUUACUUCGGAGGCAGAUUUAUUCAGGAUGAAAUUGUAGUUCCUUCUAUAUUUAGUCUAUUAUUUGUUUGACUAAUAGCUCUUUAAAAAACUCUUGGGAGGCAAAAGUGUGUGGACCAACGUAUCUAAUAGUUUGUCAGCAUAUUGUGCUGGCACAUAACCAUCUGAGCAGGACUUUGCCUGCACUGCUGUGGUUACCUUGUUUGUGGACCAUCACUCGAUUGUGCCAUGUGUUUACAUGGUAUGGGAACACGAUUAAUUUUGCCAGAUUUGACAGAUUUUCUCCUAAUCAGCUAGAGUAUCACUUGACUAUAAGUUGUUAAAGUUCACAAAUUGCCAAGAUGUGGACAAGUGGGAAGUGGCAUGUAUCUAUCAUGUACUACAUAUUUAAUGGAAUGUUUAAUUCAUUUUUGGCAUUUAACAUAUUUUGACAGUAGUGUAUUUUCAUAUACUUUUGUAUUGACUUGUAUGGUCUAUGGCAUUUGCCAUCCAUGUUUUGUACUACACUGGGCGAUCACAUGAUAGGUAGACACUUCACCAAGUCUUCUCUUAAUCAGAAGUAAUAGUGUCGUCAACUCUUGUUAGAGCAUUUAUUUGUAGUAAUUGACUAGCCUAGUGUCUGCCACUGGUCUGGUCACUCAUACCCAUAUCUGUAAAAGUUGUGGGUCGAACACUUACAUUCUCUGCAUGUGUAUUAACAGUGAUGAAGUGUUAACUACAGUCAAGUGUCAGUUAGCCCAGAGGACCAGGACCACAUUAUUGGGAACAAAAUAAAACUUGUGUGAAAUGAA